AUGUUGUCCGAACGUCUUCUUCGAUGCACUACUGAUUAUGGGGAUAUCUUGGAUUGCAUUAACAUUCACAAACAACAUGCUUUCGAUAAUCCUUUGCUCAAGGAUCACAAAAUGAGACCAAAAAAUAUUCCAAAGUCGAUGAUGGAAGGCGAAUCUCCAAGGUUAUUGCCCGAGCACAUAAAAUGCCCACCAGGAACAGUGCUCAUCAAAAGGACAACAAAAGAUCUAAUCAUGGCCAACAAAUUAGAAGCUUUAGGAUUGAAUUAUCCAUCAACUUCCCAUCUCCAUCAAGCUCCAGCCAAAAGUGGACAUGCAAUUGCUACUCUUCACUACUACAGGCACAACUUUGGAGCAAGAACAAUCAUGAACGUGUGGCGCCCAAAAACUUUAUCUGAUCAAGCUAGCUUGGCUAGCCUCUGGAUUUCAAAUGGCCCUUUAAAUAAUCUCAAGUUAUUCAAGCUGGUUGGGGAGUUGAUCCACUGCUUUUUUGGAGCAACUACACCAGGCUAUAUGCCCGAUGGACUUUGGAUAAUUAUAAAGCUACAGGCUGCUUUAAUUAUCUCUGUCCAGGAUUUGUACAAGUUCACCGUGAAAAGUCUUGGUCUUGUUAUAAACCAUAUUUAUGUUUACAAUGACCGCCUCCGGUUAGUUUCAUCUCUUCCUGCUUGUUACGAGGCUGUGGUGAGCCACGGUGCUGCUCCUAAUUCGAUUGAUCUUUAUUAUGGUGGUCCUGAGAAAUGA